AAGCAGAGUAUUUGUGAUCAAUUAAACAGCCAUUUUAUAAAUGUUGGAAAUGGCCUAGCAGAUAAACUACCAAAACAUGACAUAUACCCUUUAGUGUAUUUAGAUAGAACUAUGACACCAAAUGGUUUUAUGUUCCGUGGCAUUUGCCCGACUGAAGUAUAUGAAAAAAUAAUGAUUUUGAAAGUAGACAAGUCGGCAUUAGAUAUUCCAAGAAGAUGCAUAAAAUACGCAGCAAACCAUAUAUAUGAGGCAUUAAGUAUGGUUUUCAAUCAAUCUCUAUUGCAAGUCAAAGCAAACAAUGACGUGCGGUAUUCCACAAGGGAGUUCCCUAGGCCCAGUAUUAUUUUUAAUCUACAUAAACGAUUUACCAAACUGUUCAAAUGCUCUAACAUUUAGAAUAUUUGCAGACGAUACAAACGUUUUUGCCUCAGCCCGCAACCUGAAAGAUCUUGAGGAAAUAGUUAACUCUGAACUUAAAAAAGUGAUAAUAUGGUGUGAUGUAAAUAGAUUGUCAAUUAAUUUCAAUAAAACAAACUUCAUGAUCAUUAAAUCGUCAAACAAAAAAGGUGACUAAGUAAAUAUCAAGAUUGAAAGUGCAGAUGGUACAAUAAAUGUGCUGCAAAGGAAGCAAAAAAUAAAAUAUCUAGGUGUCUUGCUUGAUGAAACGAUGUCUUUCAAUCACCAUAUUUCAUACAUCUGUACAAGAAUUGCGCGAAACAAUGGUAUUAUAUCUAAGCUGAGACAUUAUCUAACUCUUCUACAAAUGAAACAAAUCUACUACAGCUUAAUAUACCCAUAUAUCUCUUAUGCAAUAUCAGCAUAGAGGAGUGCAUACAAAACACAUAUUGAUAAGAUACAAGCUAAGCAAAAUCAUUCUGCUAGGCUUAUUUUCUUUGCCACCACUUAUGGUGAACACACAGAAAGUGCACUUCCCCUACUAAAUUUAUUAGACGUUCUUACGGUACAUAAUGUUUAUCGAAUUCAGAUUCUAAAAUUCACGUACCUCUGGCAUAAAGGCCUCCUGCCAAAGCUGUUCUCAAACUAUUUUCAAUAUGCCAGUAAUGUCCACAAAUACAAUACCAGAUAUGCAUCGAAACAGAAUUUUCACUAA